AAACUCCUUUGAAGCGCAGGAGUCGUGCGGCGGCGGUGCAAGGAGGGCGCGGGCAGGAGCUGGGAGGUGCCGCGGGGAAAAGCUCCUGCGCGGUUAGGAGUGCGAUAAGGAAGCCAAGUGUUAGUAGUCCUCAGACAGUUUAUCAAGUUCACCGGAGUCCAGGGAAUUCUGACAGUAAUACUUACCAGAGUAUUCAGCAGAUGAGACAUGCAGUGGGAAAAGAGAUAAAAAGUGAGAGAACAAGAGGAAAUGGUAGAGAGUUAGCCUUCACCCUCAUGCCAUUGUACGCUCUUGGAGUUGGAGUGUUUGCAGCAUAUAAACUUCUUAAGAUGAAGUCACAAGAAGAAAGUCUCUCCAAAAAGGAAAAAAGUACAGAAGACAAGGCAAAGGAAACAGAGCAUCAGCUUUUAGAACUGGAGCAACAUCUAGCACAGACAGAGAAAAUGUUAAAUUCUUUAUUGACUCAGCUGGAUCCACUUUCAAACUGUGUUAAUGCUUUAGCAUGUGAGCAGAAAGAUGAAAUAAUGACCCAGCUCCAAUCAAUUAGACGACUGAUGAAAGAAAGUGGAUUGGAUAACUCAGAAAACAAGAUGAAAGAUCUCGGCCACAUUUGUAAUGAGAAACUUGAAGAUCUCAUUCAAUCAUUUGCUGAACAUUCUCAAGAGAAAGAAAUGGACAACAGAGAAGAUGACAGUAAUGAAGAUUUGAUGGAGGAUAUUGAUAGUGAUUACAAAAUAGAAGAACAUGAAUUACAUGAUGAAUGUCAAAUACAUCAGUUGGAACCAGGUGUUGUAGAAGACCAAGAAAUGAUAAACAGAGAUGCCAUUGAAUCAGAAGAGGGACUGAGGAGACGUAGUAGAUAUGAAUGGAAUCUGCAUAUGAAAACUUUUGAUAACUUAUGAUUUUUUUCAAUAAUGUUGUAUGCACUUUAAACUGUUUUAAAUGAAGUUAUGUGCACUGCUAUAUGCUUUAAGAAGAAGGGUGAAA